CACAGCUCUCAGUCGCACGCAGUCUUGCGUUUUGGCUUUGACUGGCUUUCUUGUCAGUGCGAGACAGCAGCUGUUAAUAAGCGAGACGAGGCAAACAAAUUUUGGUCUCUAUAAUAAACAGCAGUCGGUCGUGGAAAAACUAUGGACCACUCCAGUCAGCAUCAUUCAAAUACCCUAAACUGCAACGAUUUCUGGAGUUUUCGUACCAACGACACCACGGUAUCGGCCAUGCCUCAUCGACGGGAUUUUCACAUGGAUAAUAUUUUUGCCGCGGAGCGGGCGAUCAUUUCCGCACCGUACCAUUUCGGGCCGCUGGAUGACUUGGUGAAGACGCAUAUCACAGCGUUCCCAGAUUCUUCGUGCUAUCCAGUUGCCAAUUCCACGUUGGAGGAUCUCCAUCAGCAGGUGAUGAGCUUUCACCAUCCCACGGUGAAUUUCUCCGGGAACGUACCGAAAUCGCUGGAUAUUGACGAAUUCCUGGACGAGGUUUUCGAGGACCGGAGUCGAGCACCGCGAGCCAUUCGCAAUGGUGAAGUGGAAGGGAUUUUCCAGCCGCCGCCGUCGUUAUCUUCGAUACAGCCGCAGCAGCAGCAUCAACAACCAGCGGCACAGCCACAGCCCCCUCCACCGCCGCCGCUGCAACAGCAGCAGCCGCAGUUAAUCCUUCCGUGCACACCACCGGCAUCCGUAGCAGCAGCAGCUGCCAAACCGGAAGCGCCACCGAAGAAGCGUGUUACCAAGGCCUACUCGCCCUGCCAGAAGAUCCAGUAUGUCGAUAUGUUCCGUCGGGAGCAUGAGGAGAAGGGCCGCUCCUUCUCGCAGCGCCAAUUCGCCAGGAAAUACCAACUCAGCCAUGCGCGCUUUUCAGCCUGGUGCAAAGAGUACGAUAAACUGAAAUCCCUGGACGCCUCCCAGCUGAUGGUCAGCCGCGUGCGCAUGCCGAGCGCCCGUUUCCCGGUGCUGGAAUCCCGCGUAUCCGAAUGGAUCGAAGAGCAGCGGGCCGCCGGCCACGAUGAGCCGACCAUCAAAGCCAUCCAGACGUUCGCCCGCGAUCUGGCCACCCGCCUCGGCAUCAUCGAUUUCGUGGCGUCCAACACGUGGGUAGAGCGUUUCCGGCGGCGCUGUGACAAUAAACCGCCGCCGCCCGUGACGGUGGUCCGGUCCCCGGACAGUGAGGUGACGCUGUCGAGCUCGCCGCGACCGGUCCACAAUCCCCCGGAGCGGAUGAUCGGACAUAUUCUGCAUGAUUAUCUGGAGCGCGGCGACACCCGCCAGUCGCCGCUGGAGAUGGCCGGGUUGGGAUUGGCGCCCGGCAUGAAGAUGGGUGGGGAAGAGGACACCGGGAAGGGACGACGGGUGUACACGGAGGCCGACCGGGAGAAAUUCCUGGAGCUGUACCGGGCGGAGAAGCUCGACCGGGGUCUGCAGUGCUCGUUGCGGCUGUUCUGUAAGCGGCACAAUGUCAGUCGCACGCGAAUGACGGCGUGGCUAAAGCAAGAAGACGUUAUUGUGGAUGAGCCUAUGUGAUGUCGAAAAGCGGUGAAUGAUUUACUGUACUAAUCCCAUCCGUCCAUUCUGGAAACGUGGCAGUAUUUUUUGACAAGAUGGAAGAUAUUUAUAAAGAUUAGGUGAAUAAAAUGUGGUAUUUAAAAUAAAGUUUGCUCUGUUAGUUCCAAGAUAUAAUUAUUGUCUCAGCGAACGCAUUUCAGAGUGGUUUUUUGGUUCGUUAUAUAGUGACAAAAGAUUUACACGAUAUGAUUGGCAGUCGUUUACCGGUUUACCGGUAUAUCACAAGAUUGCUUUUUAUGUUUUCUUGCCAUAUUUUCUAAAGAAAGUAUGAUGGAUCGGUGUUGUUAGUCGGUGUGUUUUUAUUGUUCAUUGUGAGGAGUUAGUUGGAUAAUUUAUUCCAUAAUUUAUUUUUGAUGGGAUGAAGCUUUGUUCGGCAUCAAUAAACCAAAGAUGAA